CGCCAAAACCACAAGCUAUAUAUAUACGGCACACAAACAUAAUCUCUGUUUCACGAACAAAACCUCUUAGCUCAGGGCAUCACCAGCAAAACAAAGCUCUUAUACUAAACUUCAACAGAGGAGGAGGAGGAGAAGAAGAAGAAGAAGAAUGGGAGGAGGAAGAAGAAGCAGAGACGCCGAGGCCGAGCUCAACCUGCCGCCUGGGUUUCGGUUCCAUCCGACCGACGAGGAGCUCGUCGUCCACUAUCUGUGUAGAAAGGCUGCCUACCAACGACUACCCGUUCCAAUCAUCGCGGAGGUCGAUCUCUACAAACAUGACCCUUGGAACCUACCAGAAAAAGCGCUCUUCGGACAAAAGGAAUGGUACUUCUUCACUCCACGGGACCGAAAGUACCCUAACGGUUCCCGCCCCAACCGUGCUGCCGGAAAAGGGUACUGGAAAGCCACCGGUGCUGACAAACCGGUCUCACCACCGGGAAGCAAAAAGCCUCUCGGGAUCAAGAAAGCUUUAGUUUUCUACUCUGGAAAAGCCCCCAGAGGCAUCAAGACUGACUGGAUCAUGCACGAGUACAGACUCGCUGAUGCUAAUCGUGCACCCAACAGGAAAGACAGCAUUAGGUUGGAUGACUGGGUUUUAUGCCGCUUAUACAACAAGAAGAACAACUGGGCGAAAACGCAGCAGUCGUCAUCCUUUGACGAUGCGAUGGGUUCAUUAAUGGAUGCAGCAGAUGAUGCAAGAUCAGACAGUGACAAUGUAUCACCUCAAAUAUAUCAACCUCAGGUUCCUCAGGUCGGACUAAAGAAAGAAGACAAUGACUGGUUUAUGGACCUGAAUCUGGAUGACUUGCAGACUUCUUUCGGUGAUUUCGGCUCUUCAGCAACAGGGUUUGGCACGUCGAACCAAAAUUACUUGUUAGAGGCUCUCGGUUCGCCAAUGAUGAAGAUGAACCAGAACAACAUGCUACCAUUUUGAGGUUAGGGUUACAGACGGGAGAAUUGGUGUACAAAGUAUAUACGUAGAGAAUCCAAGGACCUGAAAGGAGAAAGAAAGCGAGUAAAAACAUUCAAAGAAAUUUCAGAGUGUGAGUUUCUCUUGUUUACAUCUAUCGAUUAUAUAAGAAAAAUAAGUACCCAGUAAUCAUAAACAGGAUGAUACCAGGUAAAAAAAGUACAGCUAAAGAUUUGCGCGCAGGCAAGACUUCAUAUAACAAGAGGGAGAAGGGAACAAAGAAAAGUAUGAAAUGAGAUUUAGUUGCUACAAGGAUCUUGAUAAGAGAAGAAACCCAUGGUGAUGUAGAGUCCAGAUUAGUUGGAAAAAUUACCUUGUUAUUCUGAAAUUUUUCGAUGAGGCCAUUCUUCCAGGUACCCAUGCUUACAUACGCCACGCUCGUCAUCCGAAAAUAUUUGCUACUGGUAUCAACAUCAUAUCAGAAUAUUAUGAGUGAGCACAUAUUCCUCAAAUGCUUACAGAGACAAGAUGAUAAAUAUGACAAAAUCAUUUUUUUAGUAGAAUACAAUAAGCUCACAUGAGAUUGGAGAA